AUGCACAAAUCCGUAUUCCUUCGGAUUGUAGAAGCUGAUACUGCUAAUGAUGAGUAUUUUCAAGAGAGACGCGAUGCUACAGGGAGACAAAGUUUGUCAUCGUUACAGAAAUGUACAGGAGCUAUGCGAGUGUUGGUGUAUGGGACAUCAUCCGAUGUCGUUGAUGAAUAUUUGCGGAUGAGUUCAACGGUGACGAGAGAUUCUCUAAUACAUUUCGUUGAAGGUGUUAUUUCAUAUUUUGGUGCCAUAUAUCUUAGAAGACCUACUGAACAAGAUCUGGCUAGACUUUUAUAUGUAGCAGAUCAAUGCGGUUUUUCAGGCAUGAUUGGGAGUAUAGACUGUAUGCAUUGGGAAUGGAAGAAUUGUCCUAACGCAUUGGCUGGACAAUAUACAGGGAGAAGUGGCAAACCAACGAUCAUUUUGGAAGUUGUUGCAUCAUACGACUUAUGGAUACGACAUGCAUUCUUUGGAACUCCAGGUUCGUGCAAUGAUAUUAAUGUACUCCAUAGGUCUCCUGUUUUUGGUGAUGUCUUAGAAGGUCGAGCACCAUAUGUUAAUUACGUAGUAAAUGGUCAUCAGUAUAAUAGGGCAUAUUAUCUUGCUGAUGGCAUAUACCUGCAUGGGCUGCAUUUGUCAAGUCAAUCACUUCUCCACAAACUCAAAAGCAUAAGUUGUUUGCUCAAUUCCAAGAGUCUGUUAGAAAAGACGUUGAGCGAGCAUUUGGAGUCCUACAAGCGCGUUUCGCAUUUUUGCGAAGGCCAUGCCUUGUCUGGGACAAGAUGUUGA